AUGUCAGAAGGGCAGGAGAACAUUCCCCCGCCGACGCGGCUGCCGAGACUGCAGACGCCAACAAAGGUCACCGGCGCGGUUGGCAAGGCCGGGGUGGGCGACCACAAGCGCAAGUUCCUGUCGUCGCCGAUUGCCCCGCCCGCCAAACGUGUCGUUUCCGGCCCAUCCGCUGGCGUGUCGGACAUCAAGGCCCCCCAGCGCGGAGCCUCAAGCUUUGCACCAGCACCCAGGGCCGCCAGCACGUUACCGCCGCGCACAACCACCGCCAGACCCGAGACCCGCGCCUCCACCCGGUCGUCGGUCACUGCGCCUACAAAGAGCAGCGCGUUAGCUGCCCGCCGUCCUCCGAGUGCCAGCAGUUCUGUAUCGUCAUCAGCGUCGUCUACCACCGCUCGCUCUACCAAGCCCGCCCCAGCACCGACAAGGCGUCCAAUGAAUGCCGCUGGACCGAGCCGUCUCGUUGCCCAAAGGCGGCCUGUUGGGGCUGGUGCGGCCACCAGACCGACAAAGGCUCAGGACCAUGUCUCUCUCGAGUCUCUCAACCACAUGAUGGAAGCAGAUAUGCUCGCUGCCGUCACCCAAGACGAGCGCGACACGAGGAAGAAGCUGUCGGAGGCUUCCGAAGAGCUCGCCUCGCUACGACUCGUCCACGCUCGAGAGACUGCCGACCUUCAACGCCAGCUUGAGCAGAAGGAAAGGGCCAACCGCAACCUCGAGGAGGAGAUGCAGCAGGGCCGUGACGAGCUCAUCCAGGAGCGUGAGAUUGUCCGGAAACUCCGCGCAGCAGAACAGGACAAGCACAUGACUCUUUCAGCUCAGCUCUCUGCAAGCCAGGCGCACAACUCGGCCCUCCAGGGCGAGGUGGAGCGCGGUGCUCUGGCUGUUUCUGCCAUGCAAGCUGAGCUAAAAGUCGCCCGCGACAAGGUCAUUCAAGGAGAGGACGAGGCAGCUCAACGCAUCCUAGACGCACAGGCGGAAUGUGACCGCAAAGUGGCGGCGGUGGAGGAGGAGCUUCGCAACGCCGAGACGAUCCGCCGCAAGCUUCACAACCAGGUGCAGGAACUCAAGGGCAACAUUCGUGUCUUCGCGCGUGUACGCCCAGCCUUGCCGCACGAGCAGAACUCUCCUGAGGGCCUUGCGCAGAUUGCGUACGGUGAUGAACGUCUGGCGCAGGAGACUGGCCAGUCGCACCUCACCGUCACGACUCGUUCCGAGUCUGCUACGGGCAAGGAGCGCGAGCAGGUCUUGACCUUCCAGUUUGACCAGGUCUUCCAGCCCAAGGAUGGGCAGAAGGAGGUGUUUGCGGAAAUAAUGAUGCUUGCUCAGAGUGUUCUUGAUGGUUACAAUGUUUGCAUCUUCGCCUAUGGCCAGACUGGCUCGGGCAAGUCGUGGACGAUGGAAGGUGGCGAGGGGGAUAACGCGGGCAUGAUUCCGCGCGCCAUCGACAUGAUCUUUGCUGUCAGCAGCCAGCUCAAGGACCGCGGAUGGAAGUACCAGAUGGAGGGUACAUUCCUCGAGGUCUACAACGAGGUUAUCAACGACCUCCUUGGCAGCGGCCAGUUUGACAGCAAGAAGCACGAGAUCAAGAUUGACAAGGACAAUGUCAUGACUGUGACGGAUGUUGUCAGCUUGCCACUCAGCAACGCCAGACAGGUGUCCAUCCUGCUUGAGCGUGCGCGGUCGAGACGAGCUGUGGCGGCGACGCUUAUGAAUGAGCGUUCGUCGCGAUCACACUCGGUGUUCAGUCUCAAGGUCAAGGGGUCCAACCCAUUAACAGGGGAAGAGUGCUCGGGCAUCCUGAAUCUUGUCGAUCUUGCUGGCAGUGAACGCCUUGCGUCGUCUGGCGCAGGUGCCAACAAGGACAGGUUAAAGGAGACGAUCAACAUCAACAAGUCGCUUUCUGCGCUUGCCGACGUUAUUGGCGCUCUAGGGCAGGGACAGCAGGGUGGCCAUGUGCCGUACCGCAACUCGACGCUCACAAGGCUGCUGCAGACGAGCCUGUCUGGCUCCAGCAAAACGCUCAUGUUCUGCAACCUCUCGCCGCUGAACGCUCACCUGGGCGAAACUGUGUGCUCACUGCGCUUUGCCACAAAGGUGAACACGACGCCAGCUGGCAAUGCCAAGCGUACUCAUGGCCGCGCCUCGGGAUAGGCGCGGUGCGACUUGUCUCUCGCUAGUUACCUGUAC